GACUACUACCACAGACAAAACAUGUGACACUGUGAGCGCGUGAAAAGGCAGAGCGAUAACGCGACAACAGUAAAACAACGAAUUUUAUUCCGGAAACUGCUGCUUUAGUAGAAUCCUUGUACUCUGAGUUAGAGGAAGAUCUUGACACACCCAGCUGUUCAAGUGCUGCAACUCUCUCGAACCCUCGUGAUUUUAUUCACAGCCAGUUUCGUGUUAUCCGACAGAAACUCGUUUUGAUGGAAAUAUAACUCGAAUGAAAAAUAAACAACAUGAACGUGUCUUAAUUUAUUUUGAAAUGAUUUAAUUGAAGUUAUGUUAGACGCUGUAGUCAGGCAAAACAUUAAUUGUUACCUUUAAAACCAUAGCUAUUUAUUAGAAACUAUGUAUAAAUGUUGUUAUCGUCAGUAAGAACUGCAAGAUGCUAGAAGAACCAUAUGUUUUGAAAACGAUCGUCUCUUCUUUGCACCGUAACAUUUUCAUACCUCCGUAGAAAGAACAAAACAGAUGUUUCGCUGUUGGAUAAUUUGUGUUUUGUGAAUUUCGUGAGUUUCGUCUGUUUAAGUGUAUCUGAGUGUUCUACAAAGAAAGAAAAACAUCAUUCUAUCUCAGAUUAUAUCUGAGAAUAUCAAUGUUUUAUUUAUAUAGGUUGUUUAUUUCACGACGCCGUCAAUAACUCAAACGAUAUAGGGCCAAGAGAACAUGAAACAAUCUGAAGUAACUAUACAUUAUAAGCAACAGAAGAUUAACCAGACAACAAUGAAGUAUUCAUGGAUGACAGUGGAAUUAAUUUCUCUUUUCCUGGCCCUCAUUUCAGCAAGAGCUCGAGGCUUGCGGCUGGUGAGCCUGAAAGUUCCUGCAACGGCCGAUAUCUUUCAGCCGGUGACUCUGAUCUGUGAGUACGAGCUGGAGAGCAGGAACUUGUACUCUGUCAAGUGGUACAAGGACGAAUGCGAGUUCUUCAGGUACAUGCCCGACUAUGACCCACAGAGUCAGGCAUUCCCCACGCCUGGCAUCACACUCGACUUGCAGAAUUCCGACAUGAAUAUGGUGACCUUGAUCAAUCUUCAGUUCAACACAAGCGGAAAUUAUAAAUGCGAGGUUUCUACAGAGGCGCCGAAUUUUGAAACUGUGGCUCAAAACUCCAACAUGACCAUUAUGG